AUGUGCGACCACCACUUCCACCAGAUGUUGUUCAACAGAGCUGCGAAGAUGGCGUGUGUUGUGAGAAACAGUUUUCUUUUGAUCAGUAUCUGUUUAAGAAGCACCAAAGUGGCAGAUGCAAAUGUGCAAGUUACACCUUUAAUCGGAGCUGUUGGUAAUGAGAUCAUCGUCCAGUGUGCUACUGAUAAAACCCCUCAAGAAGGAGUGUACAUGUACAAACAAGAUUUAGGAAGUAAAAAUAAGCAGAAUAUCUUCUACUAUUACAAAGACAACAGUUUUACCGAAAAAACAUCAAUACUCAAAGGCAGAGUCCGUGUAGAUGGAAAUUUUCCCAACCUUAAUGUCACCUUCUCAAAUGUAAAUCCCAUAGACAUCGGGCUUUACUGGUGUGAAUUUAAUUUGGAAGAAAAAUGUACAGUUAGCACGUUCACCUGGUUAUGGAUAGAAAAAUCAGUGGAAAAAAAAGACAGUGACAUAGAAGAAAGAACAGACGAAAUAGAAACACCCGAAAGAGUGUUUAAUAAGUGUCCUGAAGAUCCUAAUGUGAAGCUCAUUCUCACUGUGUGUGCUUUCAUGUCGCUACUGUCCAUCAUUGGUUUCAUCUCUGUGAUUCUGAAGGUGAAGGGGUGUUGGGGGAACAAGCAAUACAGUCCAUCAAAUCAACCCUCAGACUCAGUUUAUGAAGAGAUGAAACGGAGCAAUUCUGACUGCCCGUCCACUGUACGGGCAUUCAUCAACCCUGACUAUCAAUCCGCCAAGCUUCUCCGCUAAAUCCCUGUGAUAUAGAGUUUAUGUUGUAUAACUCUGCAUUUGGAUAGGCAAAGCUUUUAAAUGAUUUAAUGCUUUGAAUUUUAAUUAAUAUUUUUUUCUUGUUCCUUUCAGUUCAGAGAGAAUUACAAUUCUAUAAAUAAUUUAGUGUUAAUAUGAUAAGUAUGUUUAAGAUGCUGUAGAUGAAUAAAUGAAAAUAAUUUAAGUGUGAACAACGACAACAAAAAAAGAUGCAGCUGUUUAAGAGAUAUUCUUAGCUGAUGGACAGAAGAAACGUCAAAGACCUCAUUUGUGGUCUGAUGUGCUCAUGCAUCUGCAAAGAACUCAAGAAUGUGCUUGCUAGUUUCUGUCUGACAAGUAGGCCAACAGUGAACUGACUGACGGAAAAGUAGAGAAUCAUAUUUCACUCCUCUGAUCACUAUAAUAGCAAUCAAAGCCUUUUUUUAUUAUCGAAAAUUUUAAUCUAAACAGCAAAUGGUACUUGUUUGCACAGUGUGUAUUUGACUCUCUGAUGUUCAUUUUUUAACUUGGUUUCCACUUUUAACCAGUCAUCUUCCUUUGCAGCUGUGGUCAUGCUUUCUUACUUUCUAUAACCUUUUAGAAUACAUCAAAACAAAGCCACGCUACCAUGUUUCUUGUGUUGACUUACAAUGUUGAAUAUAAAGUUUCAAAACUUAUGCAUUGUGUUUGCUUUUAUAUAUUAAUUAACAUGAAUCUUCCAGCUUGGCUGCAUUUGUCAUGUAUUUUUAUGUUUUUAAUGAAAUCUUAAUGUUUCUGUUUCUGAGUGUAUCUUGUCUCUCUAUGUGCAAAAUACCAUUUGUAAGUAAAACGCAAUAAAAUAUUUGAUUAAACAAUG